ACCCAUGAAGAAGAAGUUGUUUGAGGCUGAGCUGCAGAGGGUCCAGCAGUAUGAGGUGGAUGUGACUCUGGAUCCUGAUACAGCUCAUCCUGAUCUCAUCCUGUCUGAUGAUGGAAAACAAGUGUAUCAUAGUGAUGUGAGGAAGAAACUUCCAGACAACCCAGAGAGAUUUUCUCAAUGUGUUUGUGUUUUAGGAGAGCAGAGCUUCUCUUCAGGCAGAUUUUACUUUGAGGUUCAGGUUAAAGGAAAGACUGAGUGGACUUUAGGAGUGGCCACAGAGUCGAUCAACAGGAAGGGAAACAUCACAGCGAGACCUCAGGAUGGUUUCUGGACUGUGAGGCUGAGAAAUGGAAAUGAGUACAAAGCUCUUGCUGGUCCUUCAGUCCCCCUCUGUCUUCAUCCUGGUCCUGAGAAGGUGGGGGUGUUUGUGGAUUAUGAGGAGGGUCUGGUCUCCUUUUAUGAUGUAGGUGCUGCAGCUCUGAUCUACUCCUUUACUGGCUGCUCCUUCACUCACAAACUCCACCCAUACUUCAGUCCCUGUAACAAUGAUGGAGGUAAAAAAUCUGCACCUCUGAUCAUCUGUCCUGUCAAUCAAACUGAUCAAUGACUGAUUUUAUUGGAUGAACUGAUUGAUUUUUAUUGAAGGGAACAAAUGAACAUAUUGAGUGUGAAUCCUCUACAGUCUCCAUGUUUCUAUAGAAUCUGGUUAUCAGGACUCUGAUUCACACUUUGAUUCUCAAGGAGUUUGAUUUGAACAGAAGAAAAGUUGAAAUGUUCCCACUGAUGGAGACUCGAGCUGAAGAGCAAAUAUCAGAGAAUAAAUGUCAGAGUAAAGUUUGUUCAAUGCUUUGAGUGAA